CUAGUUGAUCGAGACAAUGAUAUACCAGCAGACGGAACAUAAUAUCACAAUUCAUCACGCUUUCAUUGAAAACAUUCGAGAAUGACAACCUUCGACCCGACUGAACACCAACAUAUACGAUUCAAUCCAUUGAAAGACGAAUGGGUUUUAGUGUCCCCUCAUAGAGCUAAACGACCAUGGACUGGACAAGUUGAAAAAGUUCCAGAAGACAAUAUUCCCAGAAAAGACAGUAAAAAUCCUUUGUGCCCUGGUUCAAUCCGGUCAAGUGGAAAGGUGAAUCCAGAAUACGAAGGAACAUAUGUAUUCAGAAAUGAUUUUGAAGCUUUACUAGAAGACGGUCCUGGCCCAGCCGAAAGCGAUGACCCAUUAUUCCAAGCAGCACCGGCUUAUGGAACGUGUCAGGUUAUGUGCUUCCAUCCAUGGUCUGACGUAACGCUUCCUAUUAUGGAACAGAAAGAUGUUCGCGCUGUGGUUGAUAAAUGGGCAGAAAUGAAUAAAGAACUAGGUCAGAAAUAUAAAUAUGUUCAGAUUUUUGAAAAUAAAGGAGCUAUGAUGGGCUGUUCUAAUCCACACCCUCACUGUCAGAUUUGGGCAAGCUCUUUUCUCCCAAAUGAACUGAGGGUAAAAGAUAGAACGCAAAAAGAAUUUUACCAGAAGUAUAAGAAACCUAUGUUGAUAGACUAUUUAAAUAAAGAAUCAAUCAAGAUGGAACGUGUCGUAUUAGAAAGCGAGCACUGGGUAUGGUUAGUGCCAUAUUGGGCUGUUUGGCCGUAUGAAACGAUGUUGUUACCAAAACGUCAUGUUUUACGAAUUGAAGACCUGCAAGACAAGGAACGAGAAGAUUUAUGUCUGAUAAUGAAGAAAUUACUGUCAAAAUAUGAUAACAUGUUUAACAUAUCAUUUCCUUACUCUAUGGGCUGGCAUGGCGCGCCAACUGGCGGAAGUUUGAAAGAAGAUAACAACCAUUGGCAAUUACAUGCUAUAUACUACCCACCACUGUUACGUUCUGCAACAGUGAAAAAAUUCAUGGUUGGCUAUGAGAUGCUUGCUCAAUCCCAAAGAGAUCUGACAGCUGAACAAGCUGCGGACAAAUUAAGAGGACUCUCUGAUGUCCAUUAUAAAUUACAGAACAAGGCUGAGUGAUGUUGCUGUAGACUGACAGUUGCGAGAUUAUUAAUAACGGCCAUAUUCAAUGAAUGUAUAGUGAGAUUCUUUUAGUUAAUAAUGUCCUGGUGCUUAUAAAGAUUGGCUCAGGUAGUCCUUGUGAUUGGUAGAUUCCGAGAGGAACUGGUGGCAUCUGGGUACUGAACGCCCCGACGUUUGAAAAUCGUAGUUGCUAUCAUGGUGUAAUGAUGUGAACAACAUCCCGGUUUUUAGAGAACUAAUUUUUUGGGGUUACUAUUCUUAUGUAUUUUUUGUGUGGAUUCUCUCUUCUAUUACGAGAUUGGUUUUCUAUAGCAUUUAUUAUGAAUUUAUUGAUGUGAUGGGGUUAUGUUUUGAUUGGUUUCCUAUGUUUGGUUAGUCCAAAUAUAUAUAUAAAUAUAUUUGUUAGUACGUUUUGUUAAUCUGAACAAAGAAUAUAUAAUUAUGUUAAUGUAA